AAAAUGAGAAGAUGGAAUCAAAUAAACAAAUAAAAUUAAUAUUUGAAGCAAUAUAAAACAGCAUAUUUUGGGGUAAUACAUUACAUUUUAUGAAGGGAUGGAAUAAUAGGCUAACAAAGUCUCAAUUAAAUAUUCUGAAAUAUUACAUUUGAAAUAAAAAAACAGUCAGCAAGAACUAAUAGCCAAACGGUGACAUUUAUGUGACUUGUGUUUGAUGUGAAUGUUAGCAAACUAUAACAUUUUACUGUAAUAGGAAAGUCAGACAGCAAGGACCAAUAUUAGGCUACACAGUAAAAAAAAUAAAAUAAUAAUAAUAAAUAAUUUUUUGUCUGAUACACUAAAAAAUUAAGUCGUUACCCUUAAUUGAAUGGUAGAAAUGUUUUAAAAGAAAUUAAAUAUAUUUCAUUCUGAUUAAGGUAGUUUUAUUGAGCCAACAUAACUGAGUUGGAUUAGGUCAAAUUAAUGUACUAUAGUAGUUUUAACUCAAUUUAAUUAGGUUCAUCAAACUCAAUUUAAUAAGGUUUAUUUAAUACAUUUUCUUAUGUUGGUCCAACUUAAUUUAUUUUAUUAAUCAUUAGUAUAUGCCAGAUCAACAAGUGUAAGGACAGUGAAACUGUUGCACUAUUAAUUUAAUAGAAACUAAGCAGGAAUCAAGAAUCACUUGAAAAUGAAAGUCCAUCCUCAAACUAAGCACAAGCACCAAUCCUCACCACAAUGGUAACCCCCAAAACUCCAGAUUAACAUUUUUAACCAUUAACAAAUCUCCUCAUAUUCCCAUAAAUGCUAAAAAUAACUUAAUUUCAACCUUUGUUCUUUCUGUCCAGUCCCAUGCACAGCAAAUUCCCUUGCCCAGUUUCAUUAAUGCUACAUUAACACCGCUAAAAGUAUUCAUGUUGUCCCAACUCAAGUGGAUUAAGUAAACUUCCAUUUUACAAAUUGUAAUGGAUAGAACGCAAUGAAAUCAAAUUGUGACAAAAUGUUCUAGAAUUGUGUUGCUUUAAUUUAAUUAAGUAACUUGAACAAGCAGCAACAAUUCUUUUUGUUGUUGUUGAGUGUAACCUAAAAAAAAGGAUGUGUUUUAUGUAAUUAUAUUUCAAAUUAUCUGGUCUUAUUCAAGUCAAAAAUAUUAUUUAAUAUGAAUGGAUCAACCUAACUACGUUACACAAAUGAAAGUCAUUUUAUAGUGUCAGAUCAGGUAGAUAAAGUAAAAUAAAUGAGAGAAAUUAGUAUAACAAUAGACAUAAUGCCGUUUUUAUGUAGUUUAACUUUCAAGAGUGCAGAUAAACAAAUGCAACUAAAAUGACAUUUCAUAAAUGUGGGUUACUAACUUUAAAAUGUUACCAAAUCAAGCUGAAAUAAAUAACACUGCAACCUGUAUUACACGUCUCGAUGACGUAGAUGUUGGUGAGUUGUAAAAAUGAAAUAUUCAAGAAAACACAUGGACACGCUGACAUCAGCAGGGCUUUGUGCUGUGAAUGGGGCAACAUUGCUCGAGGCUCCGCAUCUGAAACCAGUGAUCAAUAAAUGAGCUUGAUCAAUGCAUUGAAUUGAGUCCGACCACGAUCAGUCAUCGUACUUGACCGUUUAUAUGCAGCAGUAGACCGCAGCUCGCGCUGUGUGUGUGUGUGUGUGCGCAUGAGUGUGUGUUGUGUUACGGACCGCCUCGACACCAACGGGACAUUGUCCAAUAUGAUCCAGCGCGAGUAAAACCCACAGAAAUAUUCCACCAGGGAGAUUUUCCACGCGUCAAAACGAUCCAAGAGUGAAUGGAGUUCGGAAAAGAAGGGAAAUCCAGAGGUUUGCGCGAGAAACCCGGAUAGUAACAAAGAAAGAAAGCUACAGGGAGGGAGGAAGGGUUGCUUAUGAUGAUGAUGAUGACGAAGAAGAUGGCCUAGAAACAUCAGGAGUUAUUCUUCUUUCUGCUUGACUGGAUCAUGACUUGAUGGGGAAUUUUACGCAUGGAAAACAAAAGGCGUUUGCGCACACUUUUGUUUUUGCGCAAGGAUGUUUUUGGAGAAAAUAACACACUCGCUACUGUCUAACAUUCAUUCUGCUGGUCUAAAGUCACACAGAUGAGAGGGAAUAGCGGUUUUGCGCUUUACUAAUGUGUGUGCGCAUAUGCGCGUAUGUGUGUGCGCGCGUGUUUUCCCUUGACUGAUGGCAGUGGAAUCCGAGCGCAACGGUUAUGUGCGCACAUGUGUCUCUCCCGUGGAGCAGGACCCUUGUCACUCCUGGCUGGCUCUGAUAUGGAGCGCGUGGAGCUCUAGGAGUCUCGUGUGCGUCGGCUCGCUCUCUGUGUUCCUCGCGCUACUCGUUCAGUCCGCGGACUGGGAUGCGGAGCGCACGCACGCACACUCGGGAUCUCCCGCGCUGUAUGUGGUGACGCUCGUGGAACUUGUGUGGCAGCUGCUCUCGCCCGCGCUUACCCUCGUGUGUGCCUUCUUCUGGGUGGGUGUGUAUCUGCUCCGCUGCGGGGUGCUCGUCCGGACGGCUGUGUUCCUUCUCACCGUGUGCCAUCUGGGCGAAGCGGCGGCGCAGUCGCUGUUGGAUGCACAGCAGCUCUACUCGUUCGCGGCCACCGCGCUGGUGCUGCUCGCCUGCCUGGCCAGCGGGGCGCUCAUGGUGGUGCGGCUGGGUCAAGGCGUCUCCGUGCUCGUCUUCAUCAGCAUCGUUAGGACCGUGUCGCUGGUCUCGCUGCAGAAGGUGCGCGCCAGCUGGAGACCCUACCUGGCGUACCUACUCGGGGUGCUGGGGGUCCUGCUGGCGAGGUAUGCGGACAGACUGCUGCCGGACCAGGGCGCAUCACACCGCGAGGGAUCGAGCGCGGAUAUUCCGGUAUUUAAGAGGCGCAGGAGGUCCAGCUCUGUAGUGUCGUCGGACAUGGCACAGCACGGGCAGUCCAGGGGCAAAUCCCACCGGAGAACAUCGCUGCCCUGCCUGCCGAGAGAGCAGAUGCUCCCACAGCAAGAAUGGGACCACAAGAGAGGCACCCGGGGAUCUCAGUCAUCUGGCACCAGUGUGAAUGUGGACAUUGCUGUGAUGGGUGAGGCCCACGGUCUGAUCUCAGAUCUGCUAGCAGACCCCUCCCUCCCACCCAACACCUGCAGCACGCUGCGGGCCGUCAGUAACCUGCUCAGCACACAGCUCACCUUCCAACCGCUGCACCACCGGCCACGCCUGAGCCCCCUGCUGGCCUUCAGCGACGGACACACGUGCUCCGACUCAGAGGAGGUGCCGGAGAAGGGAGAGAGGCUGGCCAUCCCCAAGCGUUUAAGGAGGAGUUUGCCUCCAGGGCUUUUGAGACGAAUCUCUUCCACGUGGACCACCACCACUUCAGCCACGGGCCUACCAACCCUCGAACCCGGGCCGGUCAGACGGGACCGCAGUGCCAGCAUCAAAGCACCUCACGAUGGUCCUUCCAGCAGUUUGGGGAACACUGAUUCAUGGAACAACACCGUGAUGCUCACUAUCUCCAAGAGCAGGUCCAUGUCUGCUUCAUAUGCUGCCUCAGCCACCAACCACAUCUAUAGCAAGAGUAGAAGAGGUUACCCUUCCAACGUCUCACCUCUAGCCUCACCUUGCCACUCCCCCCCAGUCCAGGGCACACCGUUGAACAGCCCCACCACCAAAACCCCUUCAGUGGAGCUGCUUGACCCAGAACUUCCACAGGGGGACGGACCCCCACCAAGGAGCCCCCACAAAGCCUUAACGCACAGUCAGAGCGCACCCAGCCCCAGUACGACACAAUGGGCGCCGCCUCCACUCUGCAGCAGCUGUGGACGGCCUUACAGUAAACUGAGACAUGGUGAUGGAUCUAUAGACGCGGGGGACAGAACCCAACAGUCAGAAGAGCCGGUUAUAAUGUCGUCAGACUGUGACAGCACCUAUGAGACCAACCACAGGGACAGCAGCGACUUUGCACAGAACGAGGAGGACGGGGAGGGUCACAGAAAACCCUUCAACACCGCGGGCCCCUGCAGGACUUACCAGCCUCAGGCACUAGCACUGGCUACACUUAUACCACCAGAGGAUAAGCCCAUUCUGGCCCCGGAGCCGCUGGUAAUGGAGGGACUCGAGCCUCUCAUGAGUCAAAUCAACAACUGGAACUUCCCUAUCUUCAGUCUGAUGGAGAAAACCAACGGCAGAUGUGGCUGCAUUCUCAGUCAGGUGUCCUACCGGCUGUUUGUUGAUACAGGACUUUUUGAGACAUUCAAGAUUCCAGUGAGGGAGUUCAUGAAUUAUUUCCACGCUCUGGAGAAUGGAUACAGAGACAUACCAUAUCACAAUCGAAUUCAUGCAACAGAUGUCCUCCAUGCGGUUUGGUACCUCACCACUCAACCUGUGCCUGGUUUACCUACACUAGCCCAUGUCCAAGGAUCACUCAGUGACUCGGACUCUGACAGUGGGCUAGCUUAUGGGCGCACAAAGCACCUGAUGUCAAGGAUGUAUCCUGAAGAAGAGGAGGGUUACGGCUGUUUGUCCGGUCUCAUCCCUGCUCUAGAGCUGAUGGCUCUUUACGUAGCAGCUGCAAUGCAUGAUUAUGAUCAUCCUGGCAGAACCAACGCAUUCCUGGUGGCCACCAGCGCUCCACAGGCCGUGCUUUAUAAUGACCGCUCAGUGCUAGAGAACCAUCACGCAGCGUCCGCAUGGAACCUCUUCAUGUCGCGGCCCGAAUACAACUUCCUGGCCAGCCUGGACCACAUGGACUUCAAACGCUUUCGCUUCCUGGUCAUUGAGGCCAUUCUCGCCACUGACCUUAAGAAACACUUUGACUUCCUGGCUGAAUUUAACACCAAGGUGGGGGAUGAUGGUUGCUCGGGCAUUGACUGGACAAAUGAAAACGACCGACUACUGGUGUGUCAGAUGUGUAUUAAAUUAGCGGACAUUAAUGGGCCCUUGAAAAGCAAAGAACUUCAUCUGCAGUGGACAGAAGGCAUCGUCAAUGAGUUCUAUGAGCAGGGUGAUGAAGAGUUGAGUCUGGGCCUUCCAAUCAGCCCCUUCAUGGACCGCUCGGCACCGCAGCUGGCCAAACUACAAGAGUCCUUCAUCACACACAUCGUAGGGCCUCUCUGCAGCUCAUAUGACUCUGCCGCCCUUAUGCCUGGGCACUGGGUCGACCCUCUGCCCAAAGAGGGUGAGGAUGGUGAGGAGGAGACAGACGAAGAGGAUGAGGAAGACACGCCCGAGGAAGACACCUCCACCAGCUCAGAACUGUCCCAGACACCGGUGCCCAAGAAACGACGGAAAGUUUACUGCCAGAUCACCCAGCACCUGCUCGAGAACCACGAGAUGUGGAAAAAGGUCAUUGCAGAAGAGGCUCAAAACCAAACAGAAGGGGAGGAGUUCACAUGCCUCAGUAACACCCCCGAGCCAAUCCUGGCCAUCGAUGAAGAAGAGGAGGAGCUGGGGAGUAAGGAGGAACCAAUAGAAGACCAGGAGGAGGAGACAGAGCAGGAGGAGGAGGAGGUGGAGAGUCCUCUACCUGAACAGACAGAGGAAACAGAUGGUGAGAUAGUAGAGGAAGUAGAGGAGACUGUGAAUCGAGACACAGCAACUGUAGAAGAAGACGUGGAGCAAACAGGAAAAGGCGAGGAAACGGAAGACAAACAGAGAAAGGAGGAUCCAGAAUGAAUGACUUGCCAUUUUUAGAUGAGAACGAUGUCUGAAAGCUUUUUAUUGGCAAGCGAGACUCUUAAAAAAUGGUUGCCAGCACAUCACUUAGACACAACACUGUAGAUGCUUGGGGAACAUGUGCCUAAUGGAAACAGGGUGGGGUGGUCAGUUUGGAGGGUUGCAAGUAACAGUGAGCAGGGAUGUAUUGUUGGCGCCAAUGGGAUCAUAGACACCUCCAAAAGAAUGGGGUUUGACGUUGCUGGGACAUAAUGUUCUGGUGGGUCGUGUUUCCUAUAUUUUCUAGACGUUAAAUUGGUCAGUUUUGGUUUCCGAAUGCAAGUCCUUCUGGCUACACCUUCAGCUGCACCUUAACAAAGACUGCCAACCCCCAAAGUAUAACAGGGGUCCCAGUGACCUGCAACUCCACAAGCUUUGCAGGCUUGUUCGAGCUUAUAGUGUCAAAGUCGGGAACGAGAAAUCCAAUCCAUCGUGACUCUGGCGAAGAGUCUCCUAAAGGGCAUUUCGCCUCACUCACGUACUCCAUAAUCCGCAAUGCACGAAAGCAAACGUUCAAGAAAUAGCAUGCAUUUGUGGUUAAGAGAUACCAAAUGUGUAACACAACGUUCCCAUGUCUUGUCUUGUUCUUUUCCUUUCAAAAGGCCCAUUGCACACCUUCACAAGAUCACGGGCCACACAUUAUCACUAUAGCAAACACUUGCGGCAAUGUCCUGAAGGCAUCAAGCCAAAUACCCGUCAUUCUCGUCCCUCACCUGAACAUUUGUCUUACCUCCGACGGCAUUCCAGUAAUCCAUGGACUGAGAUUUUCUGUUUCUCAGGAUCAGACUGUUUUCUGACAACUGUACUAGGGGGUCAUUGGUUUUUAUGGACUUUCUUGCAACUUUAUAAUCUUUUGAACCUUAAUUUGUGACGUAACGAAAAAGGAAAUCUUUAGUUGUUUUCUAACAUGUGAUUUCUUUAAAACAUCAAAGGCUGUUUUUAACCAAGUAGCCCAAUCAUUGUUUUACAAGGUAAUUUGAUAUAUAUUUAUGCACCACAUUAUAUACCGCACCCAGCUCUGUUUUGAUGAGGCAUGCAAUAGUACAUCAUUUUAUCCCUCUUGACAUAUUCUCGUAUCAGAUGUCAGCAUUUUCCUGACAAAAGUUUAUGUACCGUCCAAAACUCAAUAGAGCUUCUUAAGACAGCUCUUGCAUGGGCCCUCUCUCUCUCUGUCUGUUCCUACAUUUAAUUUUAAGCUUCUUAGUAAACUGUUACAGCGAGUUUUGUUAGUUGAGUAAACUGCCCUGGCAAGUUUUGAUGAUCAAAGGCGCAGACUGGAGCACGUGGCCGAGGGGGGCUGCUGCAUUCCCUGCAGUUGCAUGUUCUCCCUCUAAACAAGGCCGUAGUUAUGCUUUCCUGCCAUGUCGCAGAGCCGCUGCAGGCAUGCAGGCAGGUGUAUGAGCGACUGCAAGUUCCUCAUACCCUGAGCCCAAGGGAGGAGAUGCAAAACGGCGCCCCUCUCAUAUGAGCGGACCCAAAGACCAUGUGUCGCGCAGAUUCGAGCACUGGCCGACACGGCUGUCCACGCUCGCCUUUGAUGUGCUGAAAGAGGCAGAUUGUUUACGACAGCCAUUCAAGACCAGAUGAAACAACCUCUGCGGGCUUAAUCACCUCGAGUCAGAUGUGUAAUCAGCCUGAGUCCGGUGUCUUCGGUCUCUGUAGCAUCACUUUGAAGGAAAGCCAGUUAAAAUUGCCUAGGUAGGAGGUGACGGUCAUGUGCUUCAAACCUGUUCAGCAUUCAUCUUCUGAAACGUUCCACUCCAAUCACAAUGCGGUCUAAGCCUUAAUAGUAACAGGCAACAUGGUGCAAUGUAGUUCAGCGAAUUUAAGCAAUACUGACCCUAUCUGAAGAUUGGUAGCAUUUUCCAGUUGCACUUUCUUUGUUUUGGUGCUGUGUAUUCUCACACAGCUCAAGUGUGUGUGCCAAAAAUAACUUUGAAAUUCUUGAUCUUUCCCUAAAGUACAGACAUUACCUCGCUGUAGCCGGUGAGCAGGUUUUCACAGUGGCUGGAUAAGCAUGUAAAAGUCAGUUGUGUUUGUGAGUAUGAAUGCAGUAUGAAUGCUUUAUUUGUACCAUGUUUAUUUAGAAUAUAUAUUUUAUUCCUGCAUUAGGCCAGAGAUAUGUAUCCAUAGUUCUGAGAUAUUUUAACCCGUUAAUGCAUGAAUUAAUAUACCACAAAGGGAAAAACGAAAAACAUUUAUGUGAAAUUAUGAAUAUACAGCUCUGGAAAAAAUUAAGAGACCACUGCAAAAUUAUCUGUUUCUCUGGAUAUACUAUAUAUAGGUAUGUGUUUGAGUAAAAUGAAAAUUUUUGUUUUAUUCUGACAACAUUUCUCCCAAAUUCCAAAUAAAAAUAUUGUCAUUUAGAGCAUUUAUUUGCAGAAAAUGACA